AAGAUUAUGAAAUGACUGACAUUUUAUUCCAGCUUUCCAAAUUUUUUGAUGUGGGGGCUGCUUCUCAAUACUGUAUUAAAAGGUAAAACAGAAAAUUAAAGAAAAGCAUUAGAUGCCAAGCACCUUUUUCUAACACACACAGUUUCUACUACAGGAUAGAGAUGCCUGUGAACACUCAAAAAAAGGCUCAAUCAGAUGCAGAAAAGAAAAGGAUAAAAGAAUGUGGACAAUUUAUAUGAAUGAAUAAACAUGAACUGUACUCUAUGCCUAGCUGAGAUGAAAUGUACACAUGAAAACCAAUGGACUAAAAUUUGUUAGGCCAAUAAUAUCAGUGUCAUGACUCAUGAUGAUUUAUACUUUUGAAUCAACCUGGAAUUCAUUUUUACCAUUCCCUGAAAUUGAUUCCAGAAUAAUCUCCAUCUGUGGAACAGGAACAGUUAGGAGUCAAAAGAAAACAUGUGGAGGAGCAUCUUCCACACGCACACACUAAAUAUUUAUUUAAUUACUGUCCAAGAUAGUUUCUUAAAGGUGUUUGAUUUGAUAUGUGCAAUGUGAUCUUGCUUUCUUAUCUCUUAUUAUUCUGAAACAUAUAUAUAAACCUACAAGUUAUGCUUAUAGUUGCAUUGCAAGCUUGCUACCAUAUAGGAACCCUUUUUUUUCCUUCUUCUUUUCUGUGAAAGAGAGGAGAGAAAAGGAGAAGCCCUGAAUUAAUUAUUAUUUUGCAUUGGUGAAAGAAAAUGAAGACUUCUGAGGAAUGGAAACCUUUUAUGGUAAUGAUAGCAAUUGAUUUUUCUUCCACCAUAGUGAACAUUCUUCUAAAGAAAGUUCUUGAGGAAGGGAUGGACCAUUUGGUGUUUAUCACAUACCGUUUGUCAAUUUCAACCAUUUUCCUAGUCCCUAUCAGCUACUUUUGGGAAAGAAACGGAAGACCAAGGCUCACAUUUAGAAUUUUGUGUUACCUUUUCUUCAGUGCCAUUGUUGGGGCAUCAGUCACACAGUACUUCUUCCUUCUUGGGAUCCAAUACACCUCUGCUACCUUUGCUUGUGCCUUUGUCAAUAUGGUACCUGUGAUCACAUUCAUUAUGGCAUUGCCAUUUGGAUUAGAGACUCUGAACAUCAAAUGUAACAGUGGGAAAGCCAAGAUUCUUGGUACACUGGUGUGUGUAGGAGGGGCAUUGUUGUUGACACUUUAUAAAGGAAAGCCCUUGUUUGAUGUUUCUCACUAUGAGUCUGCAGCAGCAUCAACAGGCGUGAGAUCUGCAAUGAAGCAACGUUCUUCUCCACCUACUAGAAUCAUUGAGAAAUGGACCAUUGGUGUAAUAGCUUUGAUUCUGGGAACACUGUUUUGGUCUUCAUGGUUUAUCUUGCAAUCAACUAUAGGGAAGCUCUAUCCAUGCCGGUAUUCUAGCACAGCCAUCAUGACUUUGUUUGGAGCCAUUCAAUCAGCCAUCCUUGCUUUGUCCACUGGCAGAGACUUGUCCAUGUGGAUCCCCAAUGGCAGGAUACAAAUACUCACUGUUCUCUAUUCUGGCAUGGUUGGGUCAGGGUUGUGCUAUGUGGGGAUGUCAUGGUGUGUUAAAAAGAGGGGUCCUGUGUUUACUGCAGCAUUUAGCCCUCUUGUUCAGAUAAUGUCAGCCAUGAUUGAUAUCCCAGUCUUGCAUGAGCAGCUCCAUCUUGGAAGUGUGUUGGGAUCCAUGCUGGUAAUGGUGGGAUUGUAUAUUCUUCUGUGGGGUAAGAGCAAGGAUAAUCAGAAUCGUGUGACAAAUUUAGUAGAAGAAGGUGGAAACAAGGAACAAGUCCCUCCCCCACAAACAACACGACAUGUUGCUAUAACCUGCGAUACACGCUCUAACUGAAACCACCCUCAUCAAUACUUGAAGAUAUUAGAUACGGUUUAGUGGCAAUGUUGUACAAUUUUCAUCCAUGCAUGUGACUUAAUGGAGAAAGCCAUGUCCAAAGUCAUAAAAAAGAGUUGAAGGACACCAAAUAAUAACAUGUUGAACACAUGCAUGUGUAAUGUGUAUCCUAAUUCAUCUUGUCAACUUGUCAUCGUGGUUUCUUUUUUUGUUCGACUCAAACCACUGCAAAGUCGUAACAUUGGAACAAGAAUCAUUCCUCAACUGUAAAAUAAAUUAUAUUUUCAAUAAUGAGUUUUUCAUUUUCAUGUUA